AUGUUCAUACAAAGAUUACUUUUGUCCAACUAUGAUAUAAUUGUAUUAACGGAAACUUGGCUUAAUAGUAGCAUAUUGAAUUGUGAGCUGUUUGGUGGGGGAUACGUCGUUUACAGAAGAGAUCGGGAAACAGCUGGCUUUAGUAGUAGCAGGGAGGGGGGAGGAGUAUUGAUCGCUGUAAAUAAUCGUAUCGGUUCUAGAAGGUUGCAGGAAUGGGAAAGUGAUUGUGAGGAUUUAUGGGUACUAGUCAAUGGUUCUGUUCCUUUGGCACUGUGUGCGGCGUAUCUUCCACCACCGGCAAACUUAUCGAUAGUAAAAUGCUUUGUGGACAAUUUCAAUCGAAUUUCUGACUUUUAUAACUCGCAAAUAUGUAUUUUUGGGGAUUUCAACUUGUCAACUUUGAAUUGGGCUUCUGUGGGCAAUUUGUCGUACCAUUUAUCACCGCUUUUUCAAUGUUUUGUAGAUUUUGUUAACUUAAACGGCUUGAAACAAUGUAAUAACAUCACCAAUUAUAUGGGUAGAACUCUUGAUUUGGUUUUAACAAGAAUGUUAUCUUGUAACGUGAGUGAGGCUAUUGACGUGUUGUGUCCUAUCGAUCCACUACACCCUCCUCUUAUUGUAGAUCUCUCGUCAAUUGACUGUCCCAAAUUACAGUACAACGAUACCAGCAGACCUAACUUUUAUAAGGCUAAUUAUGACUUAAUCAACAGUUUUUUGGCUGAAGUUGAUUGGGAAUCUUUGUUUGAUGGGUGUAAGGAUGUUAAUGGGUUGCUUGUGAAAUUCUUAGAAGUUAUAAACAAGGCAGUACAUGACUUCGUCCCAUCAAGCAAACCUAAGACGAAUAAGUAUCCGCAGUGGUUCACCAACUAUAAGUCAUAUUUGCAGAACAUAGAGGAUGGAAUUUCAAAGAAUCCAAAAUUAUUUUGGUCCUACGUCAAAGCAAAGCGUGGUGGUACUGGAGCUAUCCCUGCUGUCAUGAUUGAUGGUGAUCGUCGAGUGCAUUCUGGUAGUGACAUUUGUAAUGCCUUCGCGACCAGCUUCUCCUCGGUUGCCUCUUGCUCCUGUCCACCUCUUCGUAAUUUUGAUAAUAAAGAUGCUGAUGAGUGCUGGACAGGGAAAUUAGCCUUCUCUAGUGAUUGCUUAUCGACACUAAGUAUAUCUCGCAGGCAGAUCUAUAGAAAAUUACUCACUCUUAAUGUAUCUAAAGGUGCUGGACAUGAUCGAAUCCCACCAUUAUUCAUCUCUCGUUGCGCUUCAAAUUUAGUGGAACCCCUUUUUGUCAUCUUUAAUUGCUCCCUUACUUCACGAAUAUUUCCUUCUAUCUGGAAAGUAGCGCAGGUCGUCCCUAUAUUUAAAUCUGAACUUUUCAGUAACUACAGGCCUAUCUCCAUUUUGUCUACCCUAGGAAAAGUUUUUGAGUCUUUGGUCUGUCCUGUACUUCAGAGUUAUUUUAGUAAAUAUUUAAAUGAAAACCAGCAUGGUUUUGUCAAAGGAAGAUCGGUAAACACAAACCUGGUUUUGUACGUGGAAGAAAUUACAAAACACAUUGAUAGCAAUAAACAAGUCGACGCUCUGUACACUGACUUUAGCAAAGCCUUUGAUAAAGUUCCACACCAACUUAUGUUAAAAAAGUUGUCGGCGUACGGUGUUGUUGGUUCUGUCUUGUCUUGGCUAGAAUCAUACCUUUCUGGGCGUAUUUUUUACGUAGUAGUCAACGGCUUUACCUCUACACAACGUGACAUAAACUCUGGAGUGCCACAGGGAUCUCAUCUCGGUCCAAUUCUUUUUAACAUCUUUGUGAAUGACCUUCCCCACUUCAUAAAGCAUUCUGUCCCUUCCUUAUAUGCUGAUGACCUUAAGUUAUGGAAGGUUAUUGACACAGAAGAAGAUGUCCCCCUUCUACAAAGUGACCUCAAUGCUCUUGUGCGCUGGUGCGGAAGAAAUGGUAUGGAGCUCAAUAUCAAGAAAUGCAAUCACAUAAAAUUCACGAGAAAAUUGUUUCCCAUCUCAUCGGUCUAA